AUGAACGUAAAAUACGGAAUACUUUUUGUGGCGUUCUUUGCAGCUGCCUGGGCCCUCCCCAAGCCUGAAGAUGACAUGUCCAUCUUUUACGAGCACGCGGACCGGAACGCUCGUAUUGUGGGGGGUAGCCAGGCAGCUCAGGGCAGCCACCCCCACAUGGUAGCAAUGACUAAUGGUUUCUUCGUUAGGAACUUUGUCUGCGGAGGCUCAGUGCUCACCGCACGCACGGUGCUCACCGCUGCUCACUGCAUUGCCGCUGUAUUCACACUUGGAAAUCUCUCUGCAAAUCUUCGUCUGACAGUCGGUACAAACCAAUUUAUCUCUGGAGGUGCUAUCCACACUGUCUCCAGAAACAUCAGCCACCCUCACUACGUCUCCAACACCAUCAAGAACGACUUGGGUAUUCUCAUAACUUCCUCGGACAUCGUUUUCAACAACCGCGUCAGGCCUAUCUCUUUGAGUUUUGACUACGUACCUGGAGGCGUCCCUGUCAGGGUUGCUGGAUGGGGAAGAGUUGGGGCUAACGGUGCUCUCUCCAUGAAUCUUCUGGAGAUCAAUGUGAGAACCAUUGACGGUCAGUCUUGCGUGAGGGCUGUGGCCCAGGCGGCCAUUGACUUUAAUGUAAGGGCUCUUCCUGUCGAACCUCACAUCGAACUCUGCACAUUCCACGCAGAAGGAACUGGUACUUGCAACGGUGACAGUGGCAGCGCAUUGGCUCGGACCGACAACGGUCUCCAAGUCGGCAUCGUGUCGUGGGGCUUCCCUUGCGCGGUGGGAGCUCCUGACAUGUUCGUCAGAGUCAGCGCCUUCCGGUCCUGGCUGCAACAAAACAUCAGAAAGACUUUUUCUUUAUUGAUUUAAUGUAUAGCCCUCCCCAAGCCUGAAGAUGACAUGUCCAUCUUCUACGAGCAUGUGGACCGGAACGCUCGUAUUGUGGGGGGUAGCCAGGCAGCUCAGGGCAGCCACCCCCAUAUGGUAGCAAUGACUAAUGGUAUCUUCAUCAGGAGCUUUGUCUGCGGAGGCUCAGUGCUCACCGCACGCUCGGUGCUCACCGCUGCUCAUUGCAUUGUUGCUGUAUUCACACUUGGAAGUCUCUCUGGAAAUCUUCGUCUGACAGUCGGCACAAACCAAUGGAACUCUGGAGGUUCUCUCCACACUGUCUCCAGAAACAUCACCCACCCUCACUACGUGUCCAAUACCAUCAAGAACGACUUGGGUAUUCUCAUAACUUCCUCGAACAUCGUUUUCAACAACCGCGUCAGGCCUAUCUCUUUGAGUUUUGACUACGUACCUGGAGGCGUCCCUGUCAGGGUUGCUGGAUGGGGAAGAGUUAGGGCUAACGGUGCUCUCUCCACGAAUCUUCUGGAGAUCAAUGUGAGAACCAUUGAUGGUCAGACUUGCGUGAGGACUGCGGCCCAGGCGGCCAUUGACCUUAACGUGAGGGCUCCUCCUGUCGAACCUCACAUCGAACUCUGCACAUUGCACGCAGAAGGAACUGGUACUUGCAAUGGUGACAGUGGCAGCGCAUUGGCUCGGACCGACAGCGGUCUCCAAGUCGGCAUCGUGUCGUGGGGCUUCCCUUGCGCACGGGGAGCUCCUGACAUGUUCGUCAGAGUCAGCGCCUUCCGGUCCUGGCUGCAACAAAACAUCAGCUAA